AUGUCUUACACCGAAAUGAGUUCUAAAGCUAAGGGUAGUAUCUCGUCGCUUAGCUCAACGAAUCGACCUGUCGCUUCAGAGACUCCUGAUUUCUUCAGCCAAAAAUCACUGGUUUCUAAAACCACCACUGAUCUGGAUACUAAUCCAGUGCUUAGCGACAUCUCGCUCCCUGCUACUCUAGAGAACUCAAAAGAAGAUGAAAUAGAACGACAUGUUACUGUUGGAUUGCCUUACAAUCAUCCGAAUAAAUCUCAGUUUCACGCCUCCUCCGCGAAACCUAAACUUUCUCCACUUCAAACCAUUGAUGUGCCAAUGAGUUACAAUGACGGGGCUUCGAAAGGCUUUGGCAAAGAAACAUCAAUAGAGUCCGCAUACUCCAGUCCAGAAACGCCUCAUUCAGAUCUUGAACAGAAUACUUUCAUUCCUCGGCCAUACCCGGUUCCCUUGGAGAGUAGUGCUCGUACUAAAAGGUCCAGUAUCUACCACGCAAAAGCAACUGCAGCGAUACCGAUGAGAGGGUUCAGUCAUGCUUCAAAGUCAAUGCAUUUUGAGAUUGAUGACAAGACAUCAGUAAAAAGCAUCUCUUCGUCUCUCACCGCCUCGUUUUCCAAAAGCUUUCUUUUCGGCUUCUACAACAACUAUAAGAAUGGCGACAAGCCUCCGAAGAGUAUCCUUUCCAAAGAAUACUGGAUGAAAGAUGAGAGUGCGAAAGACUGCUUCGCAUGCGCGAAGCCAUUUACUACCUUUAGGCGAAAACACCACUGUCGCAUUUGCGGUCAAAUAUUUUGUGGGAACUGUAGUUUCCUCAUUGAUGGCGGUAAAUAUCAACAUGCCGGCAAAAUGAGGGUCUGUCGUAACUGUCAUACACAUUUCGAUUCCCUGAAUGAUUCUAGCGAUGAAUCGUCCAUAGAAGACUGCGAGCAAAGCGUGCAAGAGGAGUCACCUGGAAACUCUCCAGAAAAACGGCUCCCAAACUCUGACAUGUUUUUGUUGAAGGAUGAUGAAGUCCAAAGUAUUUUAACAAAUGGCGAGGGUGCCAACAUGUUCUGCUCUACGCCGCCGCCACCGCCCAGGAUGGCUAUUCCUGCUACAAGGCAGGGAGGAUCUCUUGAGAUAUCAGUUCCUAGCAUCACAAGUCUCAAGUCAGUUGAAAACAGUUCCAGGCAUAUGCCAAGUAUGAGAGAUAGAUAUACACUAAGAGAUGUCGACAUGAUGCAACCUUAUAACAAAAGUGAGAGCGGUGCGACAUUCAGAACUAGCCGUCAGCAUGCCCAGGGAUUACACGGGAAUUUUCCUCACAUUUCAAAUUUGAAGCAUUCAAUCUCUAACUACAUUUCAAACAACCCGACAACAGAUAUCCAUCAAAAGACGCCUCAUUCCUCCAACUCAGUCAUUGCUAACCUCUCUAACAAUGAUUUCAAAUUCGAGUUCAACUAUGGACUCAAAAACUUUCAAGACUUUUUGAGUACAAGCGGUACAACACCGUCCUACCUUGAUCGCCGACAAAGUAAGCGCACUGAGUCGUCUCCUGUCUUGGCUACCUAUCAGGAAGGCGUUCAAGCGGACUCAGAAUCCAAAUAUAGCGAUGAAGGGUCUGAGGAUGAGCGUUCUAUGUCAUUAUAUGCCGCACUGAACGAUUCUCAUCAAGAUGCAAACUUUAUGAGACCAAUGAGAAACAGCAAAAAGUCACUCCAGAGGGCCCAGGCAUCACUACAAAGAAUGAGGUCACGUAGAAAGAGCAAAAGCCGCGCUCAUCUAAAUCCGAACAUUAGCCGCAAGCAAUUCGAAUUUUUGAACCAUAGUAGCCCUGAUCUCAAUACAACGGUCAAUGAAGAACAGUCGGACAGAACGAUUGAAUCGACCACCAGCUUAGCGAGACUCAAACCACGCAGCGAUGCGAGUUCUACAAGAGAUAUGAAGCGUAUCAUUUCGACAGCAUCUGUUUUGAGGCUUAAAUCUAAGGAAAACAAGAAUGAACUAAAUGAUGUUUCACAACUGCAUAUGGACGCUUUGCUGAGGCAAGUGCUAAAUGAUCAAAAUGUCGAUAAUGUUGGCGGGUGGAUAGAUAUUUUCAAACCAAUUUUGCAAGCAUUACAGUCUAUUCAGUUGGAUGCAAGAAACCUCAAUGGGCUUGAUUUCAAACAGCACUAUGUUAAGAUAAAGAGAAUAGAUGGCGCGAGUAUCACGGACUCCAAAUUUGUUAAUGGGGUCAUAUAUUCCAAAAAUGUCCCUUUGAAAACGAUGCCACGACUGUUGAAAACCCCUAGGAUUCUUCUCAUUAUGUUUCCUUUAGAAUAUCAAAAGAAUGAGAAUCAAUUUAUGAGCAUAGAUUCCGUUUUGGCUCAGGAAAGAGAAUACUUGAAGAAACUAGUCCUUAGAUUGACGUCUCUAAAUCCCGACUUGAUACUGAUAGGCGCCAAUGUAAGUGGAUACGCAUUGGAACUCUUGAACAAGGCUGGAAUCACAGUUCAGUUCAACAUGAAACCUCAAGUUAUUGAGCGAAUCUCGAAGUUGACGGAGUCCAGUAUUGCCAUUACCGUCGAUAAACUGGCAACAAAUAUGAAACUUGGUACUUGCUCCUCUUUUGAGAUUCGCACAUUUUGCUUUGGAAACAUAGUCAAGGCCUAUACAUUCUUGGAAGGCUGUAAAGCUUCCAUGGGUGGUACCAUCCUUUUAAGAGGAUCUCGUUCGGACGUUUUGCGAAAAAUUAAAGAUAUAACCGAAUUCAUGGUGUACUCUGUUUUCUCCCUGAAGUCAGAAAGUUCGUUUUUCAGUGACAAUCUAUUACAAUUGUCUGUCGGCUAUUAUAAGAGAAUUGCAGAUGAACGUAAUGUCUCAUUAGCACCGGGCUAUUUUACGGACUUUAUCGACAAAUUUCACCAAAGAAUUCUAUCCGUAUCGCCAACUGUCGAAUUCCCCAUUCCUUUUCUUCUAGAAAAAGCGCGGGAACUGGAGAUCCAAUUAAUUCGCAAGGAGAAGGAGGGUGAGACACUUCUCAAGACCACGGUAGAUCAAAGCUACAGUAUAAAUAAAAAAAUCCAAGAUCUAGGUUUGGAACCUGCCUUAACCAGCCAAGAUUUAAAGAACCUUGUGAAGUUUGUUCACGAUAAGGAGGUUGAAGAUUUGAAGUCGCGUUUCAAAUGGCGAAGCCGGCAGUGGGAGUUGUCCUACGCUCUCUCAAAAAACAUGCUUGGUACAGGCUCCCACCAAACUAUCAACGUCUUGUACUCUAUGAUCUCAAAAAAGACAGCGACGCCGUGCAUUGGGCCUCAGAUGGUAAGCAUAGAUUUUUUUUGGGAUACAGAUAUUUCAAUCGGACAAUUCAUAGAAAAUAUUGUUGCGACUGCCAGCCACCCAUGCGGGUAUGAUUGUGGAAGUCCACUUCUCGACCACUAUCGAAGCUACGUUCAUGGCACGGGUAAAGUAGAUGUUCUAAUCGAACAGUUCCAAAGCAGGUUGCCUUCUUUGAGAAAUAUUCUUUUGACUUGGAGCUAUUGCAAAGCAUGCAAUAGCUCUACUCCUAUUCUUCAAAUGAGCGAAAAAACUUGGAACUAUUCCUUUGGAAAAUAUCUUGAACUGAUUUUCUGGAGUCGAAACGAGGCCAUUAAAACAAUCGGAAAUUGCUGUCAUGACUUCACAAAGGAUCACGUCAAGUACUUCGGGCUGAAUGAUUUGAUGGUCAGGAUGGAAUAUUCAGACAUUGAAGUUCAUGAACUUAUUACUCCGCGCUCUAAAAUAACCUGGAAACCCGAUAUCGAUAUAAAGCUCAAAGUCGAACUCUAUUAUCAAAUAUUAGAGAAAAUCAAUAAUUUUUAUGCGAGUGUGAAUGACAGGCUGCUGAGAAUUAAGCUAGAUAGCAUGUCAACCGAGCGCGUUUCUGCUGGAGAAGGCAAAAUUCGAGAUCUCAAAAGUAAGGCCUCGGAGGAAAAAGAAAACCUGACUCAACUGACUGAGUCAAUCUACCGCAACACGCCUGGCGACCAGCACCUUCCUCUCAAUGGAAUUAUACGGUCGCUUCACAACAAUGCUGCUGGUUGGGACUUUGAAUUCAUUGAAUUCGAGAAGACUUUUUUACCAUCUGAAAAGGAUGUUGCCAGAAUAACUGCCGUGCAGCUGAAGAAGCUUUUCACCGAUGCUGUAAGGAAUGAGGAAGAGCACAGGGCCCGCGCAGGAACUACUCUUGACACAUUUCACGACUAUGGGUCAUCGUUGGCUAUGGAUCAGCACCUUCCGAUUAGUUGUAUGGAUAGUUCAUUGCCAAAAGAGUCCGACUUAUCGAGCACUCGAAAGGGCUCAAACGCUGAAAAUACAAAAGAACACAAAGACUUAAAUACAGAAGAGCAAUAUCACAACUCUCGGCCUCCCAUGAUUCAUCACAGAACUGCACCAACAUUGAAAAAGGCUUCAUUGCAUGGAGCACUGUCGCUAACUAAGGAUGAUAUAUCAGUGGAUUGCAUUGAUUCAGUAGAUAAUCUUUCUUUACCGUCAUUCCAGCAAGCCAGUGCUUUCAGGAGAACUUCAUCCAUGGAACUCUCCGAUAGGGGGACGAAGGCUCCUCUUUGCUUGAGGAGUCACAGUAUUGGAAGUAACAGAAGUAACAGUACACUUCAUACAAAGGACCAAAGUCCGGGGGGUAAAGUUGGUCAACUUGCAAACUUUUUCGAUCAAAUCCACUUUGACGCCCUAUCCAAAGAAUUUGAAUUACAGAGAGAAUUUGAAAGAUUGCAGCUAAAUAAGAACAAGUAUAAAGCUGUUCGAGUCGAGCCAUCGAAACCUAUCGUGGAAAUUUAUAAAAACGUCAAAGAUGCCGUCGAUGGACCUUUGCAUACAGAAAAUCAGAAACAUAAUCCUCACUUUGCUGAUUUUGGUCAUCAAUGGAACGAGGCUGGUCGUUGUACCAGCGACGUGCCCUCUACGAGUAACGCAUUAGGAAACAAAUUAGAACAUUCUAUUCACCAAUGGGGUGAGCAGAUUCUACGCAACGACGAUGAAGCUGAAGGUGAAAGGAAUACGUGGGUUUCUGCCGAAAGUGAGAAAAAUCGCAGUGGCGAAAUGGGGUCUCCACCCAUUACAUCACAUUCAAAGGACCACGAAAACAGUGCCUCUCAACCGGAAAGGUCGUCCUUGAUGAAAACACUAGCAAAUUUCUGGGCAGAUCGCUCUGCGACCUUGUGGAAAUCGUUAGACUAUCCCACUUCAUCAACGGAACAUAUUUUUGUAGACAGUUCGGUGAUUAUUAGAGAAGAUGAGCCCUGUUCCUUAAUAGCGUUUUGUUUGAGCUCAACAGAUUACCUGCAAAAAAUCAAUUCUUCUUUCUCGCUGAGUAGGACGAAUGGCUCAGAUAGUAAAUCUCAAGCCCUGCACAAUGAAGUUAGCGAUGCUGCCACUUUGACGAGCACGGAAAAAGAAAAUAAUGACGACAAUAAGUCAGGACAUGAAACCUACGCAAAGACAGACUUCAUGCUAGACAAUAAAAGCUCACCACUUCAACAUACAGCGAGGUCAGAAUACAACAAGGACGUUCACUCCGAAAACACUGAUAACAAAACUGCGGACAAGGCCGGAAAAUCCAACUUGGAACUAGUUAUGACUAAGAAAACAGCCAUGCAUCUCAGAUAUCAAUUCCAAGACAACAAUUCCAUUAUGUCCUGCAAAAUAUUUUUUGCGGAACAGUUUGAUGCAUUCCGUAAAACUUGUGGUUGCGAAGAUAAUUUUAUACAAAGUCUCUCAAGGUGUAUCAAAUGGGACUCCAGUGGUGGAAAGAGUGGUAGCGCUUUUUUGAAAACGCUCGAUAAUCGAUUUGUGAUAAAAGAAUUGUCUCACACUGAAUUAGAUUCUUUCAUUAAAUUCGCCCCCAGCUACUUUGAGUACAUGGCCCAAGCAAUGUUCCACGAUCUUCCAACUGCUUUAGCAAAGGUAUUUGGAUUUUAUCAAAUACAAACCAAAAAUUCAGAAAGUGGGAAAAGUUUCAAGAUGGAUGUUCUUAUAAUGGAAAAUCUCUUCUACAACAAAAAGACAUCCAGAAUUUUUGACCUCAAAGGUUCUAUGAGGAAUCGACACGUCAAGCAGACAGGCAAAGAAAAUGAAGUUUUACUGGAUGAAAACAUGGUCGAGUACAUUUAUGAGUCGCCGAUUUUCGUGCGCGAAUAUGACAAAAAGCUUCUGCGAGCUUCCUUGUGGAAUGACACCCUAUUUUUGGCUAAAAUGAAUGUUAUGGAUUAUUCUCUUGUCGUUGGUGUGGAUAGCAAUGAUCACACCUUGACCGUUGGUAUAAUUGAUUUUAUCAGGACUUUUACUUGGGACAAGAAGCUUGAAAGCUGGGUCAAGGAGAGAGGAUUCGUUGGCGGUAGUACUAAGGAACCGACUGUAGUGACACCCAGGCAGUACAAAAAUAGAUUUAGGGUAGCUAUGGAGCGGUAUAUUCUCAUGGUGCCUGAUCCAUGGUUUCAAGAAAGCCAUAAUUAG